CAUAGAAAUCAUACAAGAGUGAAAAUUGUGUUGUGUUAAACAAUGAACAUGUCGCGUUCGUUCUUCGUCGAUUCAUUGAUCAACAAUCCGCCUAAGGAAUACAUCAUGCCAUCACCUCUGGGUGAUCCACGACCAAUGUUGCCAUAUCCCCCGAGUUACAUCAGUUCUUAUUUGUUUUCCUUGAGUUUGGCUCAACAACAAGCUCAAGCGCAUCAAUUUGGAGGAAUGUUGAAACAACCCAUCCGACCAGUGCCUUCACUACCCAACUUACCAAUGAUGCCUUCACAAGCAGCACCUCAACAUACAAGAAACUUCAACUCGUUGAAACGCCCAGCUUCGGAAUCUACUCCAACACCACCAUCACCUCCGCCUUCUAAAACAUCAUCAACGGCUGAUGAUAAAGAUUCUUCUAAAAGAAUCCGCACUGCGUUUACCUCUAAACAACUCCUGGAGUUGGAAAGAGAGUUUUCUGCGAAUAUGUACUUGUCUCGUCUCCGACGGAUCGAAAUCGCUACGUGUUUGCGACUUUCGGAAAAGCAAGUGAAGAUUUGGUUCCAGAACCGUCGCGUCAAGUACAAGAAAGAGGAUCUCCCGGCUGCAAAUGGAAGCAGUGGUCAGUCGCCGAAUAAGUGUUGUUGUUUGAGGACGUGUUCCUCGUCCAGGAAGCCGAAAAAUAGUACUUCGUCUUCUUGUGAUGGAGACGAAGAUCAUAUUGAUGUCACCAAUCUGGAUGAUCAUGAACACAACGAAAAUAAUGUUUUUUAA